UUUCUGAUUAAAAAGAAAGUCAUUGGAUUUGAAGCUUGUUCUACGGUUCUGCCCCACGCACGGUAUAAACCAAUCAAUCCGGCUGUCACUCUGUCCGCCACACACCCCCCCGGCAUUGCACUUGCCUUUGCAGACUUGCAGAACCCCCGGAGCCGGAGGAGGACGGAAUGCAGCUGCGCCUGCCUCGCCUCUCCCAGUGAAUUCUCAUGGCAAAGCAGUACUAUGCAACGAGUAGCCUUGUGAUAGGGUAUGCCCUGUGCUCAAGUUUGCUCUCCAUCAUCAACAAAUAUGCCGUGACAAAGUUCGGUUACCCUGGUCUCCUGACUGCUCUACAGUACUUGACAUCUGCUUCUGGUGUCUGGAUCCUUGGGAAGCUAGGUCUUCUCAGCCAUGACCCCUUCAACUUGGAAACUGCAAAGAAAUUCGCACCAGCUGCUCUUGUCUUCUACCUUGCCAUAUUCACAAACACAAAUCUCCUAUACCAUGCCAAUGUCGAUACAUUCAUAGUUUUCAGAUCUUUGACGCCACUUUUGGUUGCUAUUGCUGACACAAUUUUCCGGAAGCAACCAUGUCCUUCAAAGUUCACAUUCCUAUCCCUUGUAGUUAUCUUGGGAGGUGCAGUUGGAUAUGUGAUGACAGAUUCAGCAUUCAGUCUCACAGCGUACUCAUGGGCACUUGCAUAUCUGGUGACCAUAACAACUGAAAUGGUGUACAUCAAGCAUAUUGUGACAAACCUGGGGCUGAACACUUGGGGCUUUGUGCUCUACAACAACCUUCUGUCAUUGAUGCUGGCCCCCAUCUUUUGGUUGGUUACAGGGGAGCAUAAGGUGGUCUUUGCAGCGAUUGAAUCGAGGGGUGAAGGCUUGUUUCAACUGGGCGCCUUUGUGGCAGUGGCACUGUCAUGCGUGUUUGGGCUGCUCAUCAGUUUCUUUGGUUUUGCAGCAAGGAAAGCAGUCUCUGCCACAGCGUUUACCGUGACUGGGGUUGUGAAUAAGUUCCUUACCGUGGCUAUCAAUGUCAUGAUCUGGGACAAGCAUGCAAGUGCAUUUGGUUUGGUUUGCUUGCUCUUCACUAUCGUUGGUGGGGUACUCUAUCAGCAAUCAGUUACGACAAAAGGAAAUUCUGCGGUUCCACGAGGUCCAGUAUCUGAGCAACCUAAGGAGGGCAAUGAUAGCAUAGAGUUUGAUAACGAGAAGCAAAGCUUAGUUUCAUCUGCUAAGUAGUCCGGUGCGUGAAUUACUCACAUCUAUAGUAUUAAAUUUUGCAGAUAUAUUAUUUGGCCUUGAAUAGGCUUUUUGUGUCUCACCCUUGGAACAAAUCAAACAUGAGGGAAUACUAGUGGAAGUAGUAUUUCUAAGUUUUGCUGUUGAUUGAAUUGCUUAUGCAAUUUGUGAUGUUUCAUUUUUUAACUUCAAUAUGUAUUUUACAAUGCUCGAUGCAGUUCUGUGGCGACAGCAUAUGCUAUAUGGUUAUGAUUCAUCUUUGU